GUGCAGUGCGAUGAAGACUCUUGUAAGGAUUUGGAUAUUGUUUAAAUAGAUUAGAUUGAAUAAUAAGCAAACUAAUAAUAAUAAUUGAACUGAUAAUUGAAUAUUGGGUGAAAUGCUAGUGAUCAUCGAUAUGUAAAGUUCCACAUGCUGUUUGUUUUGGCCGCGGUCUUGGCACCGGUAUUCGCCGGGUACAGCUAUUCGAACUUUCACAGCUCUCCGUACGACGAGGAAGAAAGCAUUGAGGACAAUCUUUCGUUGGCCAGCGACAGUGAUGAGGUCAAUCAUAACACGAUCUUCACCCAGUCGGAAAAGCAUGCAACCUACUCGGUGCCGAUCUAUCAGAAGAUUGGUGUGCCGGUUCCGCAUCCGAUUCCAGUGGCAGUUCCACAGUACGUAAAAAUCAACGUUCCCCAACCUUACCCGGUUCAGGUGAACGUGGAGCAACCGAUCAAGGUUCCGGUCUACCGGAUAGUUCCAAAGAUCAUCGAAAGACCCGUUCCUUAUACAGUGGAAAAAUCGUACCCAGUUGAAGUUGAGAAGCCGUUCCCGGUGGAAGUACUGAAGAAGAUUGAAGUUCCCGUUCCCAAGCCAUACCCGGUUCCAGUUCCGAUUUACCGGCAUGUUACGCAAAAGGAUAACUCACGUCGUAGUUGGCGUUGGUGAAGCCAUGUUUUCUAGUUUUAAUGCUAAGUUAUUUAUUAUUUUAAACACAUUUGUUAUCAAAAAGA